UUUACCACACCCUUACGGACGCCACUCCCCAAGCGGCUCCGGUCACAGCUGCUGGGCCAGCAUUCCCUGAUUUGUGAAGACGCAGACCUGUCAGACGCAGAGAAAGUGUAUGCUGAAUGUGGCCAGCAGCGGCCUCUGCCCUGGGAAGAGUGCAUUCUCCCCCAGCGUAUGAAGCAGUGUCUGAAGAUUGGAGAGGGCACCUUUGGGGAAGUCUUCUCCACCAACAACAAAUCAGGAGACACCGUCGCCCUCAAAAUCAUUCCAGUAGAGGGAAGCGAGAAGGUGAACGGAGAGGACCAGAAGACCUUUGGAGAGAUUCUCCAUGAAAUUAUUAUCUCUAAGGAGCUGAGCAGCCUCAAAGAGAAGCAGCACAACCAGACCCACGGUUUUAUUGGACUCAAAGAUCUUCACUGUGUUCAAGGCUGCUACCCUGCAGAUUUCCUGAAUGCAUGGGACACAUUUGACCAACAGAAAGGCUCAGAGAACGACAGACCAGAUUUCUUUGAAAAUGACCAAAUAUUCAUAAUCCUGGAGUUUGAGUUUGGCGGAAUCGACUUGGAGAACAGCAAUGGAAUGUUGGCAUCUUUAGCGGUGGCAAAGAGCAUCCUUCACCAGGUUACUGCUGCCUUGGCUGUUGCUGAGCAGGAGCUUCACUUUGAACACAGGGACCUGCACUGGGGAAACGUGCUGGUCAAAACAACCAAGCAGAAGACAGGGAGCUUCCUCAUCAAUGGAACGACCCACUCUCUGGAAACCAGAGGGGUGCUGGUCCGCAUCAUUGACUAUUCUCUCUCCAGACUAGAAAUCGAUGAUUUGACGGUGUCCUGUGACAUCUCAAAUGAUGAAGAGCUCUUCAUGGGACAGGGAGACUACCAGUUUGAGAUCUACAGACUCAUGAGACAGGAAAACGGAAAUAACUGGGCUGCUUACCACCCUCAUACCAACGUACUGUGGCUCCACUACCUUUGUUCCAAGCUGCUUUCCAUGAAGUACCGCGGCUCAGGGGGGAGGAGCGCCAAGGACGUGCGAGAGGAGCUGACUGGUUUCUAUGACAAUGUCCUCCAGUACAGUUCAGCCACAGAGGCGUUGCAGAGCUGCCCCAUGUUCCAGUAGCACGAGGAUUCAACGCGAAGUGUGAGGAAGCUCACACAGAGACCGUUUUCUGCACGAAGAGGGUGCAAUGUUUCUUCACGCUCGUCCUCUGUUAAGUUAAGACAGUGUUCCCAGUUGACGCGCCGGCACAGAAGAGUUACUUAGAGUGCAGUGCAGACAAUGCUGUCAUAAAACAAGGCUCAUUAAAAAGACUGAAGAUUAUAUAUUGGUGGUCAGUGGAGCUUCUUUAUGUUGUUAUUCUAAUAAAUCCAUUCACUUGU